AUGGUGGCCAUUAGUUUCUUAUUCAAUGGAAAUGCUGCGCCGUUGAAUGUCAACCGGCCGGAUAAAGCUUUGAACGAGGACAUAAUGAUAUACAUAAAUGGCCAACGGAUGACGUACGAGGCGUUAAAAAAAGCGGAUCCACGUCAGGAUAUCAUAUACUUGAUCAGCCAUGAGCACAUGAAGAAACACAUUAAUUAUUUGAAGGAUCUGAUUUCGCAUUACGAUGGUGUACAUGCUUUUAUACCUUAUCUGAAGAACAUCAUUAAAUAUUGCCAACGUAAACUGGAUGGAGCAAAGGAAAAACCUUAUGUAACAUUUAACCGUGCGGAGUUUCGUACAGAGUACCCCGCAAUUUUCCGCGGUAUCGACAGGACUCCGUUGCAACCAAUAUCUCCCGCCUACUAUCGGCAGGUAUUGUUAGCCUUGCAUCGAUUUAGCGACGCACCUUUACAAACGCAGGGGUUCCUAAUGCACACUUGGAUGUUUCUUUGUCAGCGUGUUUAUGAGGCGAGCAUUACUGAAAUGCGAACACUGGGGGUGGCAAACACGGCAAUUCGUUCCCCAGAAAAAAGAAACGAUACCACUCCAGCUAAUACCGUGGUCAAUGGUGACACCAGCAGUAGAAAUGGUACAACAGUGAGUGGUGAUAAUACACCCAAUGCCUAUGAAUUGCUGUAUUCAACCUCUGCAGGAAAUACGUCCACCUCACCAUAUGUUAUAGGAUCGCUGGGUGCAUGGGAGCCAGCGCCAGAUCCACCAUUGGACAAUUCGAAUGGAUCGGUCGAAACGGCCGGACGUUCCAAUGACAAUGCGCAUGGGCACCAAAAUGCGAGUGAGAAUGAAUGGGACGCUGAAUGCGAUGACGACGACUCAUUUUCUAAUUUGUGUACCCAGCCCGAAGAGCCUGAGGAGGAUGAUGCAGAUUGGGACGCAUACUUUAAAUCAUUCUUACAGCGCCUUAAAAAAAUACCGAGGGGGAACUUGCGUAGCGGUGCUCCUUCGACCUAG